AUGGUUCGGGGCAUAUUGCAAGAAUCACUUUUGGACAUGGAACAAAACGUUACAACGAUACAGGAACAAUUGAAACGGCGCGAUCCUCACAUCAAUAAAAGCUUUCUACAAUUUCCCGGCCAAGAAACUGAAACCAAAAGCAAUGACAAAGAGUCCGUUGUGACGUCGGAAAACGGCGUCGUGGCGGCCGAUCACGAGAAAUGUUCGGAGAUCGGUGCUGAGGUGCUAGGACGACUAGGAGGCACCGCAGUGGAUGCGGCAGUAGCUGUCGCGUUUUGCUUAGGUGUGAUGAAUCCAUCGUCGAGCGGAAUCGGCGGGGGAGCCUUAAUGGUUGUCGGUUCAUCAUCCGGUUCGGUAGCUACGGCUUACGACAUGAGAGAAACCGCUCCUUUGGCUGCUUCACAGGAUAUGUUCGAGAACAGAGAAGCGGAGAGAGUAGUAGGACCACUGUCGAUAGCAGUUCCGGGAGAGAUAGCCGGACUUUACAAAGCAUGGGAGACACACGGGCGUGUUCAAUGGAAACUACUGGUCGAGCCAGCUAUUAAGCUGGCUCGAGAUGGUUUCGAAGUUGGUUCGCAUCUCGCUUUCGCCAUAUCCAAAAACGAGGAUAUGAUAAAGAAUGACAUUGGUUUGAAGAGUGUUUUCACUAAGGGAGACAAAUUCUUGAAGAAGGGGGAUAUAUGUUACAACCCGAAACUCGCGGAGACCUUGGAAAUAGUGGCCGAGAAAGGGAUGAAAACGUUUUACGAAGAAGAUGUGGCCGAAAAGCUUGUGAGCGAUGUGAGGGAGGCCGGAGGGAUCAUGACGAUGGAAGAUUUGCGGAGUUAUGAAGUUAAGGUGUCCGAUGCGAUGGUUGUUGAUGAUGUUAUGGGGUAUAAAAUACAUGGAAUGUGGCCUCCGGCGUGUGGGACGACCGGUUUUGCAAUGGUAAUGAAUGUAUUGGAGAGAUAUAAGAAAGUCAAGGAUACUAAUGAGAAUCUCGGUCUGCAUCGUCUUAUAGAAGUCAUGAAACAUAUGCUUGCCGCUCGAAUGGAGCUUGGAGAUCCUGCGUUUGUUAAUGGAACAUCUAAUGUUGUCAACAAUUUGCUCUCUAAGUCUUAUGCCGAAAGAAUCCAGAAUAAAAUAUCCGAUUACACGACAUUCCCACCAGAAUAUUACCUCAACAAAUAUAAUCAGCUUGAGGAUCAAGGGACAAGUCACUUCUGUGUGGUGGAUAAAGAUAGAAACGCAGUGUCAAUGACAACAACUUUGAACUAUGCGUUCGGGUCAGGGUUUAUGUCGCCUUCAACCGGUGUUAUACUGAACGGCCAGAUGGAGGAUUUUGCGAUACCAACCCUGAACUCUCCUAGUCUUCUCCCUCCAGCACCUGCGAAUUACAUCGCGCCAAAGAAGAGGGCUUUGACUUCCAUGAUGCCUCUAAUCAUCACAAAGGACACAGAGCUGGUCGGAGUAAUUGGUGCGAGCGGCGGGCCUUAUAUAUUUCCUGCCGUGAUCCAAGUGUUUAUCAAUCUCUUUAUCUUCAAGAUGAGUCCUUUAGAGGCUGUACAGAGUCCAAGAGUCUAUCCUAAGUUAAAACCAAACGAGGUGUGGUAUGAGGACAUGAAAGUGUACAAUGGAGAUCACAUUAAGCUAAAAGAAGAGACUCAAGAGUUCUUGAAGAUGAGAAGACAUAAACUAGUGGUGACAACUGUCGGAGGCAUUGUUCAAUUAAUUGUGCAAAACAGAAUUGAUGAUUCUAAGACACUUUUGACGGCAGUUAGUGAUCUCCGGAAAGAUGGGAAGCCAGCGGCUGCUAGUGCCAAUGCUCCUCCAACUCUGGCUCAUGCUCCUCUUAUUUGA